AUGUCGAAUCUCGGAUCAAUUGGAUCUGAACAGAUCGAACAAGAAAAGAUACAGCAGGCAAAUGCCAUUGUAAUCGACUCUGCACAAUCACAGCACGAACAAUCUCUUGAAGACGCACGUACUUGCAUGUCAAAUCGCGAUGUCAACAUCAGGACUAACGGUCUUAAAAUGAUUUUAGCUAUGAUGUCGAAAGGCCAUGAUGUUUCUGAGUUUGCACCACUUGUUGUACAAGAAGUUGCUUCACCAGAUCCUGUUGGCCGUCAACUCGCCUAUGUAUACUUGAAUCAGUACGCUGAUGAUGCUCUUGAUUCAAUUGUAUUGGCUGUCAACACCUUCCAGAGAUCCCUUACCGACUCUGAUCCGCUAAUGCGUGCAUUAGCUAUCAAAGUCAUGUCAUCCAUCCGUUCUAGAGAGACAAUUCCAGCUGUCCGCGAUGCAAUCAUCCAGGUUUCUGGUGAUGCAUCACCUUACGUUAAGAAGGCGGCUGCAUUUGCAAUUAUUAAAGCGGCAGGACUCGCUGAAGACGAAACAGAGACCGAGGAAUACCUUCCUUCCCUCGAGCGCUUCAUCAACGACGAGAAUCCAAUUACUUUUUCAGGUGCAAUCGCUGCAUAUAUGGCACUUUGCCCUGACAACAUCGAAUUACUUCAUCCAAGGUUCAGAUGGAUCUGCCAGAACUUACCAAAACUCGAUCCAUGGGCACAAGUCUUUACUCUUCGCGCAAUGACGAUUUAUGCUCGUUAUUGCUUCAAGAACCCUGCAACGACAGAUGUUGACGAGUCAAAUGUUGCCUUCUGGGAUGAGAAUGCUCAAAAGGAUCAGAUUUCAUCUGAUCUUCUUCUUCUUUUAUCCGCUGCCAAAAAGUGCUUCCUUUCCAUCAAUCCAGCGGUCGUUCUUGCUGCUGUCUCUCUUAUAUUCUACAGCGCACCUCCGUCUCAAAUUUCCUGCGUCGCUCGUCCAUUAAUCAGAUUAUUCUACGAUUCUCAACUUACAGCGCAGAUCGCACUUACCACAGCCCUUACAAUUGCUACAGUCUAUCCACACGUGUUCCUUCCACACAUGAACCACUUCUUUGUCCGUCGUAGCGACCUAACAGCCGUAAAGAAGCUCAAACUCCGAAUCCUUACAGUUCUUGCAACUCCUGAGAACUCAGAUCAGAUCCUCUGCGAGCUCGCAAUGUACUCCGGCUCUUCCGACCUCGAAUUCGCCACUGCCGCCGUCAAAACCAUGGGAAAGGUCUCAAACAACAACGACGUGAUCAUUCCUCUCUGCCUCAUCAAGCUCCUGAAGUUGAUGAACCACUCAGAAGGAGCUGUUCUCGCUGAAGUUGUGUUAGUUAUCGCUCAUAUCCUCAGAAAGAACAGAAAGACCGAUGAUGAGUCACACGCACUUAAAUUACUCUGCAAGAAAUUCAUUACAGUCAAGGAUCCAGCUGCUCGUUCAGCUGUUCUUUCGAUUGUCGGCGAUAUGCACCCAAUUCAUCCAGAAUUUGCACCAGUUCUCCUCAAAUGCAUCGCAAAGCACUUCGGAGAAGAGCCUUCUGAAGUCCGUCUUCAAGCAUUAACUCUCGCGGCAAAGAUAUUCUCUACCGGAAAGUCAGACAGUAAAAUACCGAUGUACAUCAUACAGCUUGGCAUGAGAGACCAAGAGUUCGACGUCAGGGACCGCGCCAGAUUCUUGGACGCUUUAUUAACCACAUCGAGUAAGAAUAUUUCGGAUCGCGUACAGCACCUUUUGUUCCCAGAGAGGAAGGCUCCAACGUGGACCUCGAACGAGACACGUUUCAUGAACUACCAGAUCGGAACUUUGUCUCAUCUCUUCGAGAGAGAGGUUGACGGGUACGAGGGACUCCCAGACUGGGCUCCUGAGGACCAGUUGCCUGAUGAGUCUGUUAGAUACGUCAAAGGACUCAAACCAACAUCUUAUGAAGACGAUUUCAACAGAGACGAUGGCGAUGAUGAAAACGAGGAUGGUGGAAAUGAUGGAAAGAAGAAGGAUGACGCUGGAGAUCUCAAUGACUUCUUCGGAGACGAGGAAAAGGAAUAUUAUUCCGAAAUCAUCGAGGAAGAGGAAGAAGAAGUCGUUGAAGAAGCUGACGGCGAAGAAGACCAGGAAUAA